UUACUGCUUGAGAAGCUCAGCAAAGCAGGAAUUUUGUCUCCACUUGAGAAAUCCCUCAGGUGCUUGCCUAACACAGAAGACAACAUGGACUUUGAAAAUGUAAUUAAAUCCCAGGCAAUGUUUUCCCACCUAAGGGAUUUGUCAGAGGAUGGUGAUGACCUGCUUCAUUUUAAUGCUGUGAUUGAUGUCGCUGCUGGAAGAGCAGAGGAAUACUGCUGCAGACAGGUGCCUUCCCACCCCACAGAUGUUACCACCUGUCACACAGGCAACUGUUGCCUUAACACACAAGACUCUGGAUCUCCUCAGUCUCUGGCAGAUGUCCAGGCAUGUAAAAACACUGAGCUGGGCAGACCUCUAACCACGAAUUCCCUGCCUGGUGAGCAGGCAGACACUUCUGUAGGAAAUCACACUGAUUUUGUAAAAGGUGACUCUGAAAAUUCUGCCGCUCUUCUGGAGAUCUAUGCAGAGAAAGUAACAAGUGUAAGUGAUGACUUUUCUGAUGAUGACCUGGAGUACUUUGAAUGUUCAGAUGUGCUUACUGUGCAUGAAGAUGAAAUCUGGAAAAAGAAAUUACAAUUUUUAUUAGAAAUUGAUGAUGAUGAUCUAAAACUGAGUAAGGAUUGUGAUGGGUGUGCUUACUUCCUCAGUGAAAUGCCUUGUGUGUUCCAAGUGUCAGAUAACACUACGCCUAUGGAUACCCCCAUUGGCUUCUGUGAGCAUCAGUCAAAAAUCAAAGGAGUAAAUGUAAGGAGAGACCCCUCUAUGUACAGCCAGUCAGCUCUGCAGACAGAGAUGACUCUCACUGUUGGACACCACCGAGAUAAAAGUACCAUUUUGAAAGACAAAGAGAAGAAUCAAGUGCCUGUUGCUUCUGCAGCCACUGGAAAUGAACAUCCCAGCAGUGAAGAAGAGACUAAUGGAAGUGGCCACCUGGCUGCAGGUUCCUCAAGGGAUGAACCAAAGCCCACGGACACUGUCCCUGCCCAGGUGGACUCCUCUGCCAAUGGCAUAGGUGCUGCUUGCACAGGUCAGGCUUCAGGGACAAUGACAGAAACCGGCCCCGAUGGGGACAUGCUGGGGGAAAGCUCAGUGCUGCUGGAAGAGGGGAGACGGAAUGUGACAGAGGGAAAUGCACGACAUGCUGGCUGUACCUUAACAGAAAGUCUGAGGAGAAACCUUUUCAAGCUGCUAAACCCUAUAGAACUUUGCAGAUAUGUAAGUACUAUAGGACAGUCUUUCCAAGCUGCAGCAGAGGGUAGGGAAUCCACAGCUCCGUCUCCCAGUCAGGAAGGUGUCCUUUCAACACAAAUUCCCGAGGAGACAGAAAGCCUGCAAAUGCUGGCUGGUCUGUGUCCGACAGAAGAGGCAGAUAAAGGCAGUCACUGGGAAAGGAAAAGGACUCGGGGCCUGUCUGAGCAAAACCAGAUGCCAGAUGACAACAUCUCGCUUGGGAGUCAAGGUGCUAAUCUUACCCAGGAUUGUGAGAACCUCUGUAUGCAGCCCAGAACAGAAAAAGAAGGCAUCUUCAGGGCUUGUGAGAGUGUGGGAACCAGCCAGCUCUCUGCUGAAAACACACUGCAAGUAAAGAAUGCAGAUUUACAGACUUCUCUUCACUGUGCUCCUUGUGAAAAGAAAGAAGGUUGUCACCGACAGGACUUCUCUAGACAAGAAAUUGUUAGUAAUGGCAAAAAAUCAAAGAAUGGCAUUUCCCCUUCUCCUCUAUGGGAUAUGGACUCUGUUCCUGAUAAACAGGAAUGCUUGUGUGCUGUUCUCUCUUCUGCAAAGCUGUGUGAUGAGCCAGGGGAGGGAGAGCAAAGGUCUGGGCUUGACAUACUUGAUAGCAAUAACCCAGAUAUUCUCUGCAGCCUAUCAGCUGAUGAGGCUGUGUCUGAAGCUAAUUCCAAAUCAGUCCUGGAAUCUGGAGAACCUGAGUGCAAAGGAGAUGCUGAUAUAUCUGCAGUGCAUGACAAGCUGUGGAAACUUCUUCAUGAAGAUGACUCAGACUAUCAAAUCCCAUUUGAAAACAGAGGCAUCACAAGUUUAGGUACAAGGCUGACAGAUGUCGAAGUCACAGAACUGAACUUUGUGCAGGAGACCUGUUCCAAUCCUCCUUUGCCAAUGGAUUUGAUAGAAGAGCAGGCACCCAUCACAGAACCAGCUCAUAACCCCAGAACUGAGAGAGCUGACUGCAAUGUUUCUGAUACCCUCCUGCAGAGACUUGAAGCAUGUGAGAGUGCAUCCGUAAGAAACAUUUGUCUUGCACAAGUGGUAGGAACAGAUGGUGUGUGUCUAGAUUCUGGCACUGGGAAGGAGAGGGAAAUGCCAUCCAUUUGUGUUUCAGCAAACAGUGUCCUCUUAAAUACCCAGGAGUGCUUGGAGCCAAAUCCAAUGGCCACGGACAGGAAUGGAUCCACGGUGGCUUGGGAAGGGAAGCUUGCUGUUAAUAAUGCUGCCCAAACAUGUGAAGCAGAUUCUCCUCAAGGGUUACAAAAUGCUCAGAGUGGUAAUUUACCAUGUCCCAAAGCAAACCCAGCUGACAUAUCAGAUAUCUCACAUGGGACAGUUGGACAGUUACUUCACACUAAACACAACGUAUCCGUGAUAAAUGAGUCUGUACCUGGAGAAGGCUGUCAUUUUAAGGACUGUUAUCCAGUGAGAGGAGAACUGGCUUAUUUGCCUGAAGAGAAAGACAUUUUCCCCAGUCAGUUUACAUAUGCAGAACACUCUUCUGUUAACACCAUACAUAAAAGUUAUGAAGUGAAUUUACAAGAAAAAGGAAAUCACUCAGACUUGAAUGCACCAAAUGACAGCUACCAUCUUUCAAAAAAUAAUGGCUGUCAGGAUUUUCAAGUUGUUUCUAAUGCACAGAAAUACAGUUACAUAAUGCAAUUGCCUACUUUAAUUAAGAUUCCUGAAACCAUAACACAUAAGAAACUACCCCAAAAUACAGACCAACUGACAGAAAUAGCAAAACAAGAAGGGGCAGUCACUCCCCCUUCUGGGGAGCCAUUUUUAAGAGAUUUUUAUCUGGAAGUGCCCAGCUGUGAACCAUGUAAACCAGGAGAACAGAGAGAGAUUUGCAUACCUGAGGAACACAGGGCUGAAACUUCCUGUGACUCAGGAGUUAGUCAGGUUUCAGAGAGUCAGACUGCAGCUUCCCCUUGUAAUACAACAGAACAGAGCACAGCAUGUGGGGAGCACGGAGGUUCCAGGGAUCAGCUACAUUCCCAACAUCUGCUUGGAAACAAAACCCUGCCCUUCCUCACACCUGUAAGCCACUCAGAGGGCCUUCCCAGUGAAUCUACAGUGGCACGUCCUGGCACAAGAAGUGACGGAAAAACUGGAUCCGUACAAACUGGAGUCAAAGUAAACGGAAAUUUAACUACACUGGAAACUUUCUGCAAGUCAUGGCAGGGUCUGUUCCAGCGGGUGCCUGGAGAAACCAAAGGGGAAACAGCCUUGUGUGAAAAUGAACAUGAGAUUCCAAGAGCUACUGAAUGUAACCCAGAAGAAGCUGAAACAAAGGCUCCUUUGCACACUUUGACUGGCUCCCAGGCUCUGAAACAGAUUAUGAAUAUUAGCACAAAGCAGUUCUGUCCUGACUUGAUCUGUUCCAGCAAGAUAACUGAGGCUGAGAAUUCAAUUAAGUCCACUGAGUAUGAUAAAAAGGAGGAAGUCAGGACAGCAGAGAGUGUAGUAAGUGGUUUAGUUAAUUUGCCACCAGUUGAUUCAGGGAACAACCAGUGUUUUCAAGAGCAACCACCCCACAGAAGAACUCAGUCAUUCUCUUUGGCAUGGACCACACUUGAUCCAUUUCCAGUCAACACGGAAAGUCAAAGAAAUCAGGAAGGGUCAAAAUCCUGCCAGACACCACUGACUGCUGCAGAGCCUGAGCCCAUCAAAUGUAAAGAGGACACAACAAAGAGCGGGCAUUUAGCUGCUGGAGCUAAGAAGAAGUUACCACCAGCAAGUCUGUCCAAGAAACCCAGGCUGGAGGAGAGGGGAAGUGUGAGCAAGGGUCCCAGCUGCGUUAAAAAGUCUGGGAAGAGCGAGGCAGGCGUGAUUCAUAAAGAGGAUAGAAAAGAGCAAAGGAAACUCAUUUUGAAAAAGGAUAGCAAAGCCCCCAGGCUGCUGAAGAAGAUCCAAGCAGAGUUGUUCCCCGACUCCUCUGGCAAUAUUGAGUUGUGCUGUCAGUUUGGUGACAUUCAUGGUGACUCCACCAUUACAUGGACUAAAGAUUCCAAGGUACUGGCUCAGCUGCAGAGAAGUGCCCAGGAUGACUCUCCUGUCUCUCUGGCAAUAGCUGAAGCCAGUUACCAAGACCAGGGAAUGUACUAUUGCUGCUUGAAUAACAUGUAUGGAAAGGUGACUGCUGAGUUUCAUCUGACUGCUGCAGUAUUGGAACGUCUUUCAAGUUUUCAGAGUUAUGAAGGUGUGGAAGAAAUUGAAUUCAUGCAGUUGAUGUUCAGAGAAGAUCCCCUCAGCUCCAGCUACUUUGGUGGGACACUGCAUGGAGCAAUAAUGACAGAGGGGAUGCACUUUGGCGAGGAGAUGCACCGCAGAGCCUUCCGCAGCCGUGUCCUGCAGGGCCUGGCACCCGCCUUCGCCUCCGGCCACCCCUGCGUGCUCAAGGUGCACAACGCCCUCACCUAUGGCACCAAGAGCAGGGACGAGCUGCUGCAGAAGAACUACAGUCUGGCACUGCAGGAAUGCUAUGUCCAAAAUACUGCAAGAGAGUAUGCAAAGUUAUAUGCAGCUGAAGCUGAACCCUUGGAAGGCUUUGGAGAAGUACCAGAAAUCAUUCCGAUUUUUCUUAUUCAUCGCCCCACUAAUAACAUCCCCUAUGCCACAGUGGAGGAGGAGCUGGUUGGGGAGUUUGUGAAAUACUCUGUCAAGGAUGGCAAGGAAGUGAAUUUCCUGAGAAGAGACUCAGAGGCUGGCCAGAAGUGUUGCACCUUUCAGCACUGGGUGUAUGAGAAGACCAAUGGGAACUUGCUUGUCACUGACCUGCAAGGUGUAGGGAUGAAGUUAACAGAUGUUGGCAUAGCAACCCUGGCCAAAGGGUGA